GGGGGGGGGGGCGUUCCAUGCGGCCGGCCUCGCGGGCGCAGUUGCGACAGUGACCUCCGACCGUCCGUCGCGGCCCGGGGGGCGCGCUAUCUCCGAGUCGGGACCAUGAGCGGCCCGCGCGGUUAGUGCUGCGAGGCGGCGAGACGGCUCGAGACGGAGCUCUCCAACGCGUCUGCUCGGGAGACUCUGACUUGGACUCAGCCUUUCGGCGUUUGGGGUCCUAUCAUUUGCCGUUACAGCCCGUGAAGGCCGCACCAGCGGAGAGCGACGCACGUAAGCGAGCAGGCCAUGCCUCGUUGACAUCACGUGCGGCGCGCUGUUCCUGGUCGACCUCCUCGCACUGUCCGUACGCUCAAGCGGGACUGCCCGGAGCCCCCGUCCGAAUAACUGCUCGACUCUACAAUGGCUGCGGACCCAAAGACCGGAUGUUUGACACUACUGACGCGCCUGCUGCUACUCUCGUUUCUCCACGGAACUCUCUGUACGCCGUCUGACACAGAUAACCCUCUCGUGUGCAACCGCAUUUCGAAUCAGCAAGUUUCGUAUAGAUACAUUAUUCCUAAGAGAUUCGGAGGGAAACCUAUUAAAUUGGAUGUACUUUACAAGAUGAAAGAAGAAAAAAUAUGGACUCUGAGCAAGGAGUAUCCUCAAAUGGUAACAGCAGAGAUUGCUGACGUAAUGGAAGCGCCGUUCCAGCCCACAACUCUGUAUCAGCUUCAAGUAAUAUCUAAGCAAACCCCAUUAAAUGACAGUGACAUCUCCGAAUGUGAAUUCUGCUCACUAACAGAUGAGUUGGAUCCCGUGUACAACCUCUCAGUUCAUUCAUUCGAUGCGUACUGGAUUGCGUUGACGUGGAGAAUGCCACCUCGAAACUGUCCAAAGGAAGUAACCUUUCGUUUUCGCUAUUGGUUCACCAGAACAAUGCCAGAAUUGGUAUUUGAAGAAAGUAAAAAUAUCCUGACACUAAAUACGGGCGAAAAAUAUCUGAGAAUAGAAAAUGGUGUGUUUCCAAACAUCACAUACAAUGUUUCGGUUGAGCUAAGUGUUAAGGAAUUCGGGAAAACAAUUAAUAGUCCGAGAGUGUCAACGACUGUGAAAACAUUACCACAUCCAAAAACACCUACGCUGAAAAAAACACCAUACGUAACACACGCAAGCUCAUCUACUCUGAAAUUGAAAUUGCAUUCCGAGGUGUCAUGCACAGGUCUGUGCCUAGCAACUUGGCAAUACAAGGAGCCGGAGGAGACAAUCUGGCAUUUGGCUGGAUGGAAAGACAUGACUCAAGAAAUGGAAAUCACGGGCCUAAGGACGAGCUCCGUGUACGAAGUACGUGCAUUUCUUGAGCGAGGCAACGAAGAUGAAACACACGAAAGUGAUAAUGUGCCUUUUAUUUGGGCGACCACUCUCCCAGGCUGUCAAAACAGCAGCGCAAAAGGUUAUAUUGCCCAUUGGGAAUACAAGCUAACACUAGCUUGUGCUGAAUUACAGACGGAAUCGACCAAUGAUAUUUGGAAAGUCGCAGGGAAAGAAUACGCUAACCGAGAAAUUACCAUCAAAGAUUUGGAACCCGACACAACCUACGAUGUUCGGUUCAGUCUCCAUUGGCCUACUUCAAAUAAUAUAUCUGAAUUCAGUCCUAGUGCAAAAAUGCUGACUUGCCCAAAUUCGGCUCCACAAGUUCGCUAUAUUUGGGCAUCAAAAAGACAAAUAAAUUCAUUGAAGUUCAGGUGGUCAGUAAACGUGUCAUGCCGAGUUGAUUUUUAUAUUCGCUGGAAACCGUAUGACUUUACUGACGAAAUAAUUGAGUAUCCGUCCGACUCUUACGAUGAUAACAAAUGUCCUUACAACGCCACACUGGUGGCAGCUGUGGACUGGGAGGGAAAAUGUUCGGAGGCAGAGCCCUAUGAAACUGCCACUCCAAUUACGUACUGGGGCGGUAUAACAGUUGGUCUCUGGGUUCUUAUCAUCCUUGGAAUGCUAUUGCUUUUCGCUGCGGUGCCGGUAUGCUUCUUGUUAAAAAAGAGAGUGGCAGCUCGGAUGGCUGCAGGAAGAGACGUAAGUUUUAAUGCAUUUUCCAACGGAACAGGACCCAACGGUGAAGAUCUUGGAGACGUGGACUCAGUCGUGUUUCAUGAGCCAACCACACGAAUUCUGGACAGACGUUCCGAACCGCCAGAUACAUAAAUGUCUCGAUAUCUUUAAUUGAUCUUAACUAUAUUUACAAUACAGACGCUCAAUUAAUUUUAAAGACAUUACUUUCAAAUUAGUUCCAACAUUCAUAAGAUUUAUUCACAAAGACUUUAUUUUCGAUAUAUUUUAUGUAAACAUUUUCUGUGAAAUUCAAAAUAAUUUAACAUUAAUAUUUUUUGUUUAAUUUUAAGCAAAUGAAUACCAAGAAAAGAGAAAUCAAAUAAUUAUUAUUUACCUUUCCAAUAUCCAUCCAUCAUAACUGUAAUUUGUACUAUGUAUUUGAGGUUAUUCCUAUUGAUCAUUUACUACCUAUAUUCUAUAUCUAAGCAGUAUCUCCAUUUAUAUUAUUUACAGGAAAAUAAAAGUCAAGAACACC